GUUGAAGUGCGACAGGCUCUCCUCGGCUGUCUGAUACAGCCUGAACUCACUGCAUUUAAACAACGCACACAGAGGAGAUGGGAGAAAGGAUGCUUCCCAGGAACCUGCUGCCGGCUGCCUGGCUGUGUGGUCUGUUGGCUGUUCAUGUGCACAGCUGUCCAGAUGCAUGCAGCAAGUGUUCAGGCCCAGAAACUGACCAGUGUGAGGAAUGCAGAGCGGGAUGGACACUCCAUAAUUACACCUGUGUAGACAUUGAUGAGUGUGGCACAGAGCUGGGUAUCUGUCCGACAAACAGCUACUGCUUCAAUACAGAUGGCUCCUUUGAGUGCAAAGACUGUGACCGGGCCUGUGUGGGCUGUAUGGGUAGCGGACCAGCACGCUGCAGGAAAUGUGCCUCUGGGUACACACUGACAGGGUCCAAGUGUUUGGAUAUAGAUGAAUGUAGUGACCGGGUACUUGCCUGUCAUGGUCUGGAUGAGAUUUGUACCAACACAGAAGGCUCUUUCCGCUGUGACUGUGCUGAAGGAUUCCUCCGUAAGAACGGUGUCUGUGUGAAGAAGCGGCAGCCUCGCGUUCAGGAGAAAGGUCUGUUUGAGGAUAUCCAGGACGACGAGGUUGAGGUGCUGCAGCAGAUGCUCUUCGGGGUGGUGCUUUGUGCUCUGGCCACGUUGGCUGCUAAGGGAGAUUUGGUCUACACCUCUAUAUUCAUGGGAGCAGUGGCGGCCAUGGCGGGGUACUGGCUCUCUGACAGGGGAGACCGUUUGUUACACAGCCUCCUGAAGGGACGUUAGGAAAGGACUUCAUGUGCCGCUGCUCGGCAAGGCCUUAAACAAUCACUGUUGUUUAAACAAUCAGGUCCACACACACAGAAAGCAGGUGAAUCUUGUGCCUUUUUCAUAUAUCAUGGACGAUAUAAGUUAUUGAUAUGAAUUUAAGCUCUGCAUUAAUGAAUGUCACACUUCUCUAUCUGUAAGCGAAAUGAUUGUUAUUACUUUUUAGGACAGACUUCAUUAAAUAGUGCUAAAUGUCAUUGUACAGAGAGUAAAUCUAACCACAAUAGAGAAGAACACCCCUUCUUUCAUAUUUGAAGCCUUUUUAAGGAAUUUCAGGUUUUAUAUGCAGACACCCAGAAGAAGUGACAAAUCAAAUGACAGUUUUCCUGGCAGCUUCUUUCUGUGCUGACUAACUAACUAUAGGCAUUUUUUAUUAUUAUUAUUUUCACCGGUUUUUGCAACUUAGGGGUUACCUUUUGAACACAACCUUCUUCGGCCCUUGCAGUUUUCAGACAUCAGUCUGUAUUAUAACAGAGUUGGGCAAAAGGAGUGUGGAAGUUUGUUCUUGACCUUGUAAAUAUUAGUUUGACAAAGCUUAAUUCAAUUCACUUACCAGCUUCGUCUGGAGCUUUUCAACUGUAUUUCACUGUCGUCAUCAGUGGAUGGAUUUUGCUUUGUUGUCGUCAUCAACUACAGUCACUGAUGAAGACGGCGAGAUGCAGUUGAAAGUGGUUACGGCGUAUCGGUUAAAGAGAAAGGAAAAAUACUUUUAUGCGUCUUUCCAGCCACCACUUUACUGUACUGAGCUGAAAAGUGCUUUUUAUUGUUUUUCAAGCAGCUACCUUGUUCUGGCAUUCAGAGCCACCAACAUACGAUGUUGUAGCGUGAUUAAAGAAGAAUUUACAGAUUGCUUGAAUUUGUGUGCAGAAACCCUGUAUUAGAUUUGCUUGUUAUACUGUAUCAAUGACACUGUAUUUGCACUCUCUAAAUAUUAAGUUGUAACAUGCAGGGUUCAACAUUAUUGUGUUUUUCACUUGUCCAAAGUCCUUUUUUGCUUGCCCCUAUACAAAUUGUUGUAUUUAUUAGUUGUUAUCAAAUAAGAACAAAGACUUAAGUUAAUU